AUGAUCAAGAAGGAUGACAACAGUACAUUCAUCUCGUACCAACGAUGGAUAUACGGCGCGCCUUACCUAUACAACGUCUACUGGAAGGACUUUUGUGAACUGGAGAACGGCAAGACUGAGCAGGAUGUUACGGAUCCACUGGAGGAGGGAUGGGAACCUGGAGCACGUGUCUGUCAAGAAUCUCUCACGAAAGCAUACAGGGGCUGCGAUAAUGAGGGAACAGGCGGUUCGUUGCGGGGAGGCUGUCUGGUGUAUGAGUUUCAGGCAAGGGAUAAGGACAAAAAGGAUGUUCUUUUGACUUGGUCCCGCGGCGGAAUUCCUGUUUAA